AUGGCGGGGGCGCCGCGCGGCCAAGGCGGCGGCGGAGGCGCGGGCGAGCCCGGGGGCGCAGAGCGGGCGGCCGGGCCGGGCGGCCGGCGUGGGUUCCGGGCGUGUGGCGAGGAGUUCGCGUGCCCCGAGCUGGAGGCGCUGUUCCGCGGCUACACGUUGCGGCUGGAGCAGGCGGCCACGCUGAAAGCACUGGCGGUGCUCAGCCUGCUGGCGGGCGCCCUGGCGCUGGCCGAACUGCUGGGCACACCGGGGCCAGCGCCCGGCCUCGCCAAGGGGUCGCACCCAGUGCACUGCAUCCUUUUCCUGGCGCUGUUCGUGGUCACCAAUGUCCGAUCCCUGCAGGUGUCCCAGCUGCAGCAGGUCGGUCAGCUGGCGCUCUUCUUCAGCCUCACCUUCGCGCUACUCUGCUGUCCCUUCGCGCUGGGUGGCCCCGCGAGGAGCUCUGCGGGAGGCGCAAUGGGAUCAGCAGUCGCCGAGCAGGGGGUUUGGCAGCUCCUUUUGGUCACCUUCGUGUCCUAUGCCUUGCUGCCCGUGCGCAGCCUACUGGCCAUCGGCUUCGGGCUGGUGGUGGCUGCCUCGCACUUACUGGUCACAGCCGCCUUGGUCCCUGCCAAGCGCCCACGUCUCUGGAGGACGCUUGGUGCCAACGCCCUGCUCUUCUUCAGUGUGAACAUGUAUGGCGUCUUCGUGCGGAUCCUGACAGAGCGCUCCCAGAGGAAGGCCUUCCUGCAGGCUCGAAACUGCAUUGAGGACCGGCUGCGGCUGGAGGAUGAGAACGAGAAGCAGGAGCGGUUGCUCAUGAGUCUCUUGCCCCGGAAUGUCGCCAUGGAGAUGAAGGAAGACUUUCUGAAGCCCCCAGAGAGGAUUUUUCACAAGAUUUACAUCCAGAGGCAUGACAACGUGAGCAUCCUGUUUGCAGACAUCGUGGGUUUCACGGGUCUGGCGUCCCAGUGCACGGCCCAGGAGCUGGUGAAACUGCUCAAUGAACUCUUCGGCAAGUUCGAUGAGUUAGCCACGGAAAACCACUGUCGCCGAAUCAAGAUCCUUGGAGACUGCUACUACUGUGUGUCUGGCCUCACCCAGCCCAAGACCGAUCACGCCCACUGCUGUGUGGAGAUGGGACUUGACAUGAUUGAUACCAUCACAUCCGUGGCUGAGGCUACUGAAGUAGACCUGAACAUGCGUGUGGGCCUACACACCGGCAGGGUCCUCUGUGGUGUCCUGGGCCUACGCAAGUGGCAGUAUGACGUAUGGUCCAAUGACGUGACCCUGGCCAAUGUCAUGGAGGCUGCUGGUUUACCAGGGAAGGUCCACAUCACAAAGACCACCCUAGCAUGCCUGAAUGGGGACUACGAGGUGGAGCCGGGUCACGGCCAUGAGAGGAACACCUUUCUGAGAACUCACAACAUUGAGACCUUCUUUAUUGUGCCGUCCCAUCGAAGGAAGAUAUUUCCAGGCUUGAUUCUCUCGGAUAUCAAACCAGCCAAGAGGAUGAAGUUUAAGACUGUGUGCUACCUGCUGGUACAGCUCAUGCACUGCCGGAAAAUGUUCAAGGCUGAGAUCCCCUUCUCCAACGUGAUGACCUGCGAGGAUGAUGACAAGCGGAGGGCGUUGAGGACAGCCUCGGAGAAGCUCAGAAACCGUUCGUCUUUCUCUACCAAUGUGGUCUACACCACUCCGGGUACGCGUGUCAACAGGUACAUCAGCCGUCUUCUUGAAGCCCGCCAGACAGAGCUGGAGAUGGCCGACCUGAACUUCUUUACCCUGAAGUACAAGCAUGUUGAGCGAGAACAGAAAUACCACCAGCUUCAGGACGAGUACUUCACCAGCGCUGUUGUCCUUGCCCUCAUCCUUGCCGCCUUAUUUGGGCUCAUCUACCUUCUGGUGAUCCCACAGAGUGUGGCUGUCCUGCUGCUGCUGGUAUUUUCCAUCUGCUUCUUGGUGGCCUGUACCCUGUACCUGCACAUCACGCGGGUCCAGUGUUUUCCAGGGUGCCUGACGAUCCAGAUCCGCACCGCUUUGUGUGUGUUCAUAGUGGUCUUAAUCUACUCCAUAGCUCAAGGGUGUGUGGUGGGCUGCCUACCCUGGGCCUGGAGCUCUCCAUCCAACAGCUCCCUCAUGGUCCUCGCAGCUGGUGGCCGGCGCACUGUGCUGCCCGCCCUGCCCUGUGAGUCUGCACACCAUGCCCUGCUCUGCUGCCUGGUGGGCACCCUUCCUCUAGCCAUAUUCCUGCGGGUGUCCUCCUUGCCAAAGAUGAUCCUGCUGUCUGGGCUGACUGCUUCCUACAUCCUGGUCCUGGAGCUCAGUGGAUACACCAAGGCUGGGGGCGGUGCCCUCUCUGGGCGCAGCUAUGAGCCUAUCAUGGCUAUCCUGCUGUUCUCAUGCACGCUGGCCCUGCACGCCAGGCAAGUGGACGUCAGACUACGGCUGGACUACCUCUGGGCAGCACAGGCGGAGGAGGAACGGGAUGACAUGGAGAGGGUGAAGCUGGACAACAAGAGGAUCCUCUUCAACCUCCUGCCAGCGCACGUGGCACAGCACUUCCUCAUGUCCAAUCCCCGGAACAUGGACCUCUAUUACCAGUCCUACUCCCAGGUGGGCGUCAUGUUCGCCUCCAUCCCCAACUUCAACGACUUCUACAUAGAACUGGACGGCAACAACAUGGGCGUUGAGUGUCUGCGGCUCCUCAAUGAGAUCAUUGCCGACUUUGAUGAGCUCAUGGACAAGGACUUCUACAAAGACCUGGAGAAGAUCAAGACCAUUGGGAGUACCUACAUGGCUGCCGUGGGGCUGGCGCCCACAGCAGGAACCAGGGCUAAAAAGUCCAUAUCUUCCCACCUGUGCACACUGGCAGACUUUGCCAUCGACAUGUUUGACGUUCUGGAUGAAAUCAACUACCAGUCCUACAACGACUUUGUUCUCCGAGUUGGCAUCAACGUUGGCCCUGUGGUUGCUGGAGUGAUCGGUGCUCGAAGGCCCCAGUAUGACAUCUGGGGAAACACAGUCAAUGUGGCCAGCCGGAUGGAUAGCACUGGGGUCCAGGGAAGAAUUCAGGUGACUGAGGAAGUCCACCGACUGCUGAAGAGGUGCUCGUACCAGUUUGUGUGCAGAGGCAAAGUCAGUGUCAAGGGCAAAGGAGAGAUGCUAACGUACUUUCUAGAAGGCAGGACUGAUGGAAACAGUUCCCACGGCAGGACCUUUCGCUUGGAGCGAAGGAUGUGUCCUUAUGGGAGAGGCGGAGGCCAGGCCAGACGGCCCCCACUGUGUCCCGCAGCUGGACCCCCAGUCAGACCGGGGCUCCCUCCAGCCCCCACUAGCCAGUACCUGUCAUCCACAGCAGCAGGGAAGGAAGCCUAGUGGAGCCCACAGGCCGCUGGAAAUGCAUGCAAGGCGAGAAUGCCCCAGGGUGACACCAGCCACCAUGGCUCUAGCCAGGACCAGCCAGAGGAGCAGUUUCCAAGUGGCUGGGCUGGAGAAGAAGCAUUGUCUAAGUGUGGCCUGAGGCCCAUGGGAGAUGUGCCCAAGCCACCCCUUGGGGCAUCCUGAGCUCCGUCUCUUCCUAAUGAACUGGUUAUGCCUGGCUAGUAUUGGCCUUGGUGGUGGGACCUUGGGAAUAUCUUCCAUUGUCACAGCAAAAGCUAUGGAGGUCCAGCUGGCAGAGGAGCCCACCAUGACUGAGCCCCAAGUCAACUGGCUUAUGGGUGGCUCCAGCCCUGGUAGGUCCUGGCUUAUGGGUAACCCCAAGCCUGGGUAGCAGCUUCAAGUAUGAGUGCCAGUCUGGGAAGUUGGCCCCGCUGGGCAGGGCCAUGACGGUUGAGCUGUUCAUACCAUGGGCACAGCAAAGAGCUGGUCAGGUCUUGGUCAGGGCAGUACAGGAAGAAUUGAAGAGACACCUCUUACUGCAUGAAGAGCGGGGUUGCUGGCUUUCUUCAAGGGUAGGCUUUUGCUAACAGCCAGAGGCAGGUCUUCUGGAAUUCUCGGGAGGCUCUACAGCCGCACUUCUGUCCUUCCGGCCCGUGCAUUCUCUCCCAACCCCUGCUGGCUGCUGGUUUCUGACUGCUGCGACAGUGGGCCCUCCUCUUCCUGCACCGUCGCUGCCCAUUCAGAGAGAAGGGGUGUGUGCUGCCUUGUCUUCUCCGUGGUGUCUUGGACUCUGUACGUUCAACAAGAAUCCAGCCUUUGUUCAUGCUAAGAGCGAGUGACCCACGGCACCCACGAGCGCUCUCCUUGCUGGAAGACGUCAUCUCCUUGGCAUAACCAGUCGUGUCCUCUUGGUGGUUUCAGAAUCGGCAGAGUGUGCGUUCCUGAGUGUAGGUGUGGUGUCCCUGCUCCAGAGUGAUGGGAAAGAAUGGCCCUGUUGACAGACACCUGGGGUCUCCCAUGUGUGCUUCCCAGGGACUGCGGCUGUGACGAAAUCCUGUCGGGGACAGGAUCCUGGAGGAGCUGGUAGGAAGCAACUGGCUGGCAAUAGCGGGAUGAAACCUGGCUUCUGGAGAUUUUCAGUUUCAAUCCCAGGAAGGGAGGCAGCUUGGAACAGGGCAGGUGGGCAUAAGCCCUGCCUGGUCAUGUCUAUGGAGGCCCAUUUCCUCACGGCUCCGCAAGGGCUUGCCCCCUUCCGAGGGCCCUAUCUUCUGAGAAUAGGGCAGAGCAAGCCUAGCCUUCCCCGGCAGGGCACAUCUGUGGUGUUCUGGACUCCGCUCUGGCUCAAGUGUGCGGCUAUGUUGGCACCAGUCAGCCAGCGCCUAGCCCUGGCACAGUUGGCUGAGGCUAGACGCAGGCCACCUGUGGGUAGGAAGCAAACUUCCAGCAACGGGGAGCUGGAGGCUGCAUGCAAAGUCUCCAAGUCUCUGAGACUGCACAGCAGGUGCCCUAGGGCGGGGGCGGGGCGGCCGGGCACACUGCACAUUCUCUAUGGACUGGGCUGGAGUUUGUGGUUGGUGGUAAGGGUGUCCUCGAGCACCUUCUGCGGAGGAACUCUGACCUAGGACCACCCUGCUUUGUUGCCUUCUGAUGACGUCAGGCAGUGUGGUAUGGCUGUUGUUGGCUGCCUUUUUGUCACCCCACUCUGACUAGAACCCCGAGCCAGGGCCGGAUUGACCUCAGCACUCCACUGCAGCCUUCAGGGUUGGAGAGCAGGCAGCUUCGUCCUCCUCAGUGGUCACGUCUGGUUCCUGUGGCUUGGUAUUUUGCUGUCAUGCUGUUGGGGGAUGCUGGCUCCAGGAGAGUUGAGGGUAGCAGGAGAGGCUUUGGGUUUCUCCCAUGGCGCUGAAGACCAUCAAAGAUUGCAUUUAUGAGAAAGAUUCAGGCUGUUGGGGCUCUGAGCAGAGGCAGAAUCAUCUGAGGCGGAACCUGGGUAGGGCAUGCAUGUCCUCUUGCUCUGUGGCUCCUGUCCCCUGCCCGUCCCCAUGUUUUCUUAUCCCUGGGACAUAUGGCUUUUCCUCAUGGGGCUCUUGUGCACAAGGAAUUUCUCACCCUGUCUGUCUGUCUGUCUUAAUCAGAUUCGAAGCCAUCAGGUCAGACAGGAGCAACCAGAGCAAGUGAGUACGUGGUGGCCCUGGCUCUGAGGGCUGUGGUGCUGUCCCUGACCUUCUAGGCCAUUAAGGAGGGUAGAGAACCUCUCACAUAGCCUGGGGUUCCUCAGCAUGGCUUGUAGGUACCCAGAUCUACUUACUGCUUCUCUGGCUGGUCAGGUUAUGGAGAGCAUGGUUCUCCAAGAUGCCCAUAUGACAGUCCCAGGUCCUGUGUGUGUGUCCUUUGCCCUUUGUGAAGGACCAUCACAAGGGGACUUAGGGUAGGUAGGCCUGAAGGAUUGAGAAAGGAUCCUAGACUACACUAAUAGGGUUAGUACAGACACAUGGCCCCUCAGAAGUGGCCAGAAAGCUGGCCAGACUGGGAAGGGUAUGCCCAGGACUGAGUCUCUGUUGCUGACCUGAAGAUGAGGACCAGAUACUCAUUGAAGAGACUUAGGGGGACAGCACAGCUCCAUCCAGCAAAGAAGCCAGGAUAACAUGCCUACAACCACAAGGACCUGAAAUUGGUCAGAGCCUGAGUAGGCAGCUGCAGACCGUCAGAGCCAUCAUGGAGGAGGCCAGCCAGUGAUCCCUGGAUCUGACCUACACGACUCUGAGCAGAGCCAGCCUAGGUCUAUAACACUGCAAUCACGAAUGAGUGUGUAAAACCGAGACCAUGUGGGUGCAUGGGCAGAGCCACCCAAGGCGUGGUAAGAGCGCGAGAAAGCAACCUUAUAGGAUGCCAUUGUCUUCUCUGGGCACAGAACUGUUCUGAAGUAAACCACACAGGAGCUUUGGCUGGGUCUCUUCUUCAGGGGUGACAUCUCCAUCAUCAGCAAUUCCAAACCCGCCUACUUCCUGUGAGGUCAGGAACCACACGUGCAGCCAUAAUGUUCCUUGGGGUUUGGCGAUAAACAACUUUCUUUUUACUUGUGAUAAAAAUGUAUUAUAUUGCCUUAUUUAUUUUUAAUCUUGUACAAUAUUCAUGUACAAAUGUUAGAGCCAUUUAGGUAGGAUUCUCUCCAAAUUAUUUAUUUUAAGAUGCUCUGUAAAUAGUGCACCAGUUACAGGUGCUUGUUCACUUGUACCAAAAAAUGAGGAAAAGCCUGGUACCCACUUCAGCCCCUGCUUGUCAUGCUGUGGUCCUUGGGAAAUGACCCUGUUGUGUGCCCUCCCCACCCUUAGCAUGCCUCCCGUGCCUGACACCGUAGAAUAGAACACAGCCCCAGAAUGCUUCCAAAUGCUUCCAUGGGCUGUGCCAAUCUGGGACAGUCUAUUCCCGGGGUGUCUGUACCUACAGGUGUAUGUCCCCCCCACGCGCAGCAAUCCAGUUGUUUCUCAGACUCCAAAGCCACCAGGGCUUCCGGACCCCUUCUGUCAUAGAAGCAAUAACCAUAACCUAAUACUGUAGAGACAAGUCUGGCCCAAGUGGAUUGAGAUUUCAGAAACUACCCAUGCAUGUGAGUUUGCUAAGAAAGACUGACAUCCAAGCCCUCCCCCCCCCCACCUCCCAGAAGGCCUAGCUCUAACUUCUUGGUUCCUAGAGCCAGAAUUGGUACCCUCCCCCCCCAAGAUAUAGCUGAGCAGACUGAGCCAGCCACCAGUCCUGGGCCCCCCUGUUGCUCUAAGGAAUAAAGGUGAGGGCAGUCUUCCCAUCUUAUCGCUACCAAUCCUUGAAUUGUGAUGCUUCGUGUGACUGAGGUAAUGACGGUUUGUUUCAGUGUUGCAACAUUUCAAGGCACUUGUGACAUUUUCAAGGUGGCACAUCCUACCUUAGUGCCAUCCUGGUGGGAGAAGGGGACCCCUGAAGGUAUAACAGGAAAGAGCUAGAAAGGGCUGACAGAGGACUCAAGCUGUGGGCUUGCCUGGCAGGUAUGAGCGGCUUUCAGAGAGCUCACGUUGUGUUUACGUGUGAGCGGGAGGACUCCUGUACCACUGUCCUAACAGCAACCUGCAAAUGACUUGCUUUAAUGGGAUGAGGAAGAGGGAAUCCAUUUGGAUUGUGGAAUCGGGGAAGGUUUCACUCCAGUCUCCCAGCCACCACCAAGGUAAGUUCGAGGACUCCCCAGGUCCCAGAGAUCUUAUUCACAGCCUGUGCAGUGCUUCAGUCAAUGGACCUGGGGCGGUGUUAUAGAGCAAGUGUGUACCCUUCAUGCUGAGCAUAACAGUGGCAGGAAAAGAACAUUGCUACAUGCACUGCACAGCCGUCAGCACCAUGUUGCAGAAGGGGAGCUGGUGUUUUACAUUCUUACAUGGCCGUAUAUACACAGCCACCAGAAACUGAAUUGCUCAUGCUUUUCAAUGGCUUCAACUUUCAGAGGGUACAUUCGUCUUGGUAAACUUAAUAAAGAGCAAGUCUGGCAGCUUGGAUAUUAUGUGAGCCUUUGAAGCAUCUUGCUUCUCUGGCUGUGAUCGGCUUUGAAUGUUUCUAUAGUGGGCUUGAAUCAAUAGCUCAUUUCCAUUUACAACUACAGGCUUGGCAGUAGGUUGAUGGUUAAAAGUAUGUAUGCAUAUGUGCUUGCACACAUACACAUUCAAACAUACUGAGCGUGAGUGUGCACGCGCACACGCACGCACACACACAUUUUCAUAGAGAAUAGUAGGAGUUGGUUUGUAUUCCUGGCCCCUUAGACUGGGGUUAGAGGAGUUGCCUGUCAUGGGCGUAGAUUCAGGAUUUGCUUGGAGAUAUCAUUGGACCCAGAGUUCAGAAGGCAAAAUUGGAGCCGCCCUCAGCUGGCCUGGGGAUAGGAAGCUAAUCUUCUUAUCUUAGGCAGAAAGAGGUCUCAGUCCAGGAACUGAGGUACCUAGAUAACUAUCUUAUACAUAAAUUACUCUGAGCUCUUUGAUAUCGGAGAGAAAAACGUGUUGAUAUGUUCACAGCAGACACCAUGAAUGUGGUAGAAAUGGAGGCUCUUUGACCAUCAGCAACUCCUGGUGCCUAUAUGUCAACCAGUGCCACAUGGACCAAGACCAGUGUGGAUCCGGAGGCACAGGCCUAGAGCCCAGGAACCUUCCUAGGGUAAAGCAGAAGGUGUGUGGCCUGGCCAGAGCAUUCCCUCCUAAAGGGUAGGGCGGGCACAGUACUGACGGGCCUGGUCAGGAAAGCUCCUGCUACUCACUGGUAGGAAUUCUGGAGUGUCCUUUCACAUAUAGAGUUGGAUGACCUGGGGUGGCCUGGUCCUGAUGCUGCCUGAUGACGGCUGCACAAAGGGUUCUUCCUGUCAGGAGACCAUCUGUUAUGCUCUGUGAGAUGGAGGCCCGGAGGAUGUGUUUAGUGCCUGUUACACAGGGUCUGGUACACCGUGAGCACAGCUUCACACAGACAUGGCUGGUGUUGGCACCCUGCAGGGUCUGCCUCACCUCCAAGAAUUCAGAGGGCACUUUAGGAUGUAUGUGGGAUCCUUGGCCUUGCUCUGAGAGUUCAUUCCUUGUAAACACAGGUCCAAUAAUAGGAGAUGAGAUCUGUCACUCUGUGGCCCAUUCCAUAAACACUUCAGAUCCAACGUCAAGUGCCACACCCCGUCACUAAACAAUUACCUACUCAACAUGUCAUUAUGUAAUGACUAAGACAUUGGAUUUUUAAGUUUUCUAACCAUUUUAAUCCAUCUGUUCCACACGUACCAGAUCUGGUUCAGUAGUUUGAAAAACAAAAAUUAUUCCACUAGAGGCCACACAUAAUUCAGAUCAAUGUGUGCUCCUGUGCAUGUGUGCGUGUGUGUGGGUAAACAUGUGUAUGCAUGUCUAAUACAACAUAAAAUUAUUCUUCCUGGGAUUAAGAUUACUGGCUGAAGGGGAAAAAAUAAAUUUGAAUACAGUGAGCUGUCAUUUGGGUCACUUAAUAUCCCAUAAGCUGGGGCAGCACCUGCCAUCCCCCCAACUCCAGGGAGGGGAAGGGAGAUUGGGCACAUGACCCCGAGCCACUGAGCCUACUGCUAAGUCUCUUUUGCAAAAGGACCCCUAUAAUAGCAUCAUUCUGGUGCGGAUGUAUCCAAAGGCUCUGUUGCUCCUGAUUCUUCCGUCUUGUUGGACUGAGGGUUUGGGUGUAUGGUGAAUAGUAUGCAGAGCAGAUGGCAGCUCCAGACGCCAGGUGGGUGUCCAUCCAAACCCUGAGUGGGGAACAAAAUGGCACCAAUCUCAGGUAUAUUAGUCCUUUCCUGCCCUUCAAGGAGCUGAUGUGGAGGCCAUGCCUUCCACCUGGUGUGUCUGCUGUUGCCCGUCUGGGUUAUACAGUGGGAAGAACAAAACUCAGGAGGCCAUCAUGGGUUGUGCUUCAUAAGAAGGUCAUAAAAUUCAGAAAAUGGACCACCAUCAUGCCACAUCCUCCGUCCUGACAAGCAUUAGUCAUUUAACAUCUAGUGAGUGUACUGAGUUUUCUUCAGCGUGUUGCAAGACCUGCUCAGUCAGACACAGGAAGUCAAUCAUUAUUGCCCCAUCAGCCCACACUCAGACAGGGGAGGUCAAUCAUUAUUGCCCCGUUAGUGAACACCUUUGGGGGCCUUUGGUAUGAGGGUAAAUUGAUCAAACAUUCAUGACUAGUACUUCCAUUUAGUUUUGCAAUUCCUGGCCCUUUCUGUGGGCUCCUUGUCCAUGAACAUCCUGUGGGCGAAGUGGUUUGCUUACUCAAUACACAUUGUCCUAAGAAUGUAAGGCAGAAGGGGAGGGGCCAGGCCUCAACUCUUCAUCUGACUGGCCAAAGCUGCAUGUUUUCUGUUGCAGUUAAGGUCUCUGUCAAGCCAAGUGAAGUCUGUCAGAACUGGGCUGCCGUUGAUGCUACCCAGGGUGGUGCAGGGCACCUCAUGGAGGCUGGUUCCUUGUGGGCAAGGCUUGCUUGAACCCCAUAUUUGGAGCAUGUGGCUAAGUGUUGUUUGGUUCUGUAAUUCUUGGCUUCUUGUUGCUAAAUUAGAGCCAUCCGAUUCCUUUCCAAUUGGCUGCCUUCCUCCAAAGUUAGAGAUGCCCAUUGAGAAGUUAGAACACCUGCCUUCAGUUUUCCAGUGUCUUUGAUAUCCUCAAGCUUUGAGAAACACAAACUGACAUUUGUGUCUGGCGGCAUCUUCUUAAAUCAAUCUUUUCUGAAAGGCCUGACAUCAAAUAGGGACAGAGCUAUGGCACUCCUGUAGAGCCCAAACCACACUGCCCAGCCAGCCUAGCUCCAGUCAGAGCUCUUACCUUCAAUGCUCUACAACCAUUUCUAUCCCGUGCUUCCGGCAGGCACAGCAGUGAGGGUGCCUUCCCGGGGCGUUUAGAGAGAAUUCUCCAGGAGUGUACAGAAAGCAAGGAAGGGACAAUGGUGCAUGGCAGAAAAGUAUGGCCACCUCUCCAUUGCAGGAGCCCCGCAUGCUUUCCAGGGGUUGGUUCCUGCUGAUGUCACGCAACAUCCACUUCAGAUGCAUUGGUUUCCAAACAUUUCCAGCCACUUGCUGAGGAUUAGCAUUUCAACCGAGAUGUUAUCUGAGACCGACUCCAGAAAUCUCUUAGAUUUCAUAAACUUGUAGGACUGCCUGCAAGACCAUUUGCAGGCCACUAGAUCUGCCUGGGAGUGGUGCCCCUCCCCCGCCCCCGCUGCUCCAUGGCACUGCAUUGGGAAGUGGGCCUGACAGCAGCCAGACCUUGUUCCUUACCUCCCACCAGCAACCUCCACUCAGCCCCAGACCCCAGGCACAUGAAGCACAAGUCUCAGGGGACCGUUCCCAAGCUGUGGGGAGCCCAAGGAAGCCCCCAGCAUCUCUUGCAUACACCACUGGCAGUGUGGGCACAACUGGCCACCAGGAGCACACACGCCUGGGGAGGAGGGGCCUGCUCUGUUGCCUUCAUCCCUGUUAAAAUUGAGUAUAUGCAAGCCAUUUGCACUAUGGGAUUGCAUGCCAUGAAAUUCCUAACUGUGUGCACCUUAGUUUGAAUUUGACAUUGUGUAGCAUGCACAAAAGAAUGGGUGGGCUUGGGCUUGUCCCCAAGUCACCUCUCCGGCUCAUUGGGAGCACAGCGCUGCCCUCAGCCAAUCCCAGGUUUUGUGGGGCCCGUGUGGCUCCAGCACUUACCGUCCAGUGUCCUCCCCACCCCACCCCGCCAUGCUCCCUCCCCCACUGUGCACCCAUUUAUGCUGAUUGUUCACCAAUUCACACAAAUGGAAAUGUCAUUAUGAUCAUGUCUUAGCAGUAAUUCCAUCUUGAUUUAAAGUAAGCCCAAAGCCCACUUCUGGAGUCCCUUACUUAAAAAAAAAUUAAAAAUUAAAAAAAAAAAAGGCAUGUAAGCACCUGUGUCCUGUGUUUAUGAAGAAAGCUUUGAGUCCCUUAGAGGGAUGGAGGGUGCACGGGCAAAGGGGGAAUUUUACCCCACAUGGUAAACUUACCAGAUGCGUCCGUAGCUAUGAGAACUCGAUGAUUAUAUCACAAUAACUCAAUAUCACUGGGUAACCUCUCACAAUAGAUUUGUAUAAUCAAUACGGGUCUAUUUUUAUGUCAACUCUGUAGAGCACCUUCCAGUCUUUUUCAAGAUUGUUAAAUUGAGAUGAGUAAUUGAAUAAUUUGUCCUAUUUUUAUUUAAAAAGUGAAUGAACUGAAAUGUUAAUGUGAAUGUACAUUUCUUAACUGCAACUUUUCUACUGAGUGUUUGCACUAUACUCUCUGGAGUCUUAUUUAACAAAAAUA